AUGAAUCUACGGAUAUUGAUAAAUAGAUUGUGGAAUGUGUGUAUAUGGUACGCAGUAGUGGAGUCCACCCUAGGGUACCACAGACCUCAGCCAGCAAAGGUGUACGGUACUAUUAGUAGCAAAUCGGGAGAACAGAGGUUCAGUGACUGCUACAGGCAGUAUAAGUUAGGUUACGUCAGUGGUCACGGACAGUGGAGACCACAAAUCAGUGGUGUGUCGACCAAUCGCAUAAAUAGAGGCUGUAACAAUUUGAACUGUAACGACGCAGUAAAAGGCGUAGAUGAGCAGGGUGAUGGGAUCGUAGAGGAGGACAGUGGUGACAUUGGACGAGCGAGUGAGGCUGAGUACUCAAAUAGUGGUGGGAAUGAUGGUGAAGUUGAGCUCUUUGGCAUGAUGGCGAACAGAGACCUCGCAGAAAUACAAACUGAAAGAAAGAUAAAGAUACCGUAUGUGGUAGAGUACCCGACUGACAGAGUCUCAGAGGAGCAGGACAUGACGAAGGAAGACGUGGCAAGGUCGAUAAUGACUGAACUGGGCUUUUUCUACCCAAGGUCCUCCUACACUAGUUUCAAGUACUACGGAGAUACGACGAGAACGUUUACCACAGCCGACAAGGAUGUUGAAGGUGACGAUGCGCUGGGAGGUAGUACGGAUUCUAAUUUGGCUUCAGGUGACCUGGGAGAGUCUGGUAGGAGAGCACCUGAUAAGGUUCUGGUUGGCAGCACUGCCUCCACGGCUGCAACUGCCAAUAUUAACGCAAGCAGUGGUAGCCAUACCAAUAACAACGCUAGCGGUGGUAACCAUACCAAUAACAACUCCGGCAGUGGUAGCCAUAGCAACUUUAAUGCCGCCAGUGGCAGUUUUAGCAGUAAGGGUCAGUCGGCAAGUUUUAGUGGUACUGGCGAUGUUGGCAGUGUCACCGAAGAGGAAGAAGAGCGCAAAAGCUACCUGGUGAAAACGACGCUGAUGACGAAACUGGACAAAAAGGAAGAGGACUCAGCAGCAUCGAUACUGGAUGAGCAGGAGUCGCCAGUAGUUGGGCACCAGAGAGUGCGGUGGUUCCCAAACUACGUGAGCAGGAGUCUGAGGAAGCUGCACGACUACCUGAAGUACGCAGACCUCAUUCUGGACGUACGAGACGGAAGGGUGCCCUUCACGCCCUUCAACGACUACUUUUUCAACAUCUUCGAGUCGGAGUUCCCAAUGAAGCCGAGAAUAACAGUGUUCACGCACGCAGACCUGCUGCCGAGAGUUGGAAUAGCGGACUGGCUUAACUACUAUCGCAGAAUAAAUAAGACGAUAAUGAGGAAGUAUAACGAGAACAUAGAGGAUCCGAGUCAGCGGAGAGUGGAGAACAGGACAAUGUUCGUGGACUCGAGGAACGGAGUCAAGGAGAUAGUGUACCUGAGGAAGCACAUCUACAGGAUGACAAGGAGAGUGCGCGAGCGAAGUGUAAGGAGAGGAAUGAGGCCGAGAGGAGUCAGAGUAAUAGUGGUUGGAAUGCCGAACGUGGGAAAAUCGUCGCUGAUAAACAGGCUGCUGGGCAGGAGAGCGGCGAGGACGACGGGGAUGCCAGGGACCACGAGAGACAUCAACGUUAGAAACAGUAGUGGCAAUAGUGUUAGGGGUUACAAAAGGCUGGUGUUGAUUGACACGCCGGGAAUAAUAACGCCCCUGAUAGACAUGGCAAAGCCACUGCAGACGAUGAUGUUAAUAUACUCGGGGCUGAACAUCAUAGGAGAGUCUGCGUGUGAAGAGGACGAAGUGGCGAUCGUGGUCCUCAGAGAGGUCCUGAAGAUGCUGACAAUUAGGCCGAAGUACAUAGAAACGUCGAAGAUAAGGAAAAAGUACCCGCUACUAGCGACCAUGAUUGACAGGUUCAUCGCAGGCGCAAACAGGGACUGGCUGGACGUGGAGAGUGAAAUAAGCUACAACCUGGACAGAAUAGCAACGUGGCUGUUUGGAGGAAACUUGAGCAGCUGCUGCAGCAAGAUGCUGAAGGAUUUCCGCAGGGGGAAGCUGGGCCACGUGAUGCUGCAGGCGCCGCCUUACCUGUCAAGUUUUAGUGCAACCACUAACACCAGUAGCAGUAGUGCAACCACCGCCAGUGGUACCAACGUGCGUAGAGACGCCAUUACAUUAGAGUACUCCAUGGGCGCCUACGAGGGCUGGUAG